AUUUUUCAUUAAGCUAGUCUCAGGUUACGAAUUUCAGGUGUUAAAAAACACAUGGCUUGAUCGGUGGUAUCUCUGGGCACCGCAAGGUGUCCUCUUCUAUUUGCUCACAAAUCUUUGCGUCAAGAUGAAUCAUGAAACAUACCGCAAAAAGCCGGAGAAUUUUAUCAACGAAGGUGUGUUGAAGGAACCGGAGAACAAGGAGAAGUAAUC